AAUUUUGUGUUUUCUUUGAAGGGAUAGUGCCGAAUUCAUCACCGAAGCUCGAGGACUUUCUCGGCGGUGCAACAAUGGCGGACAGGGAACAUUCAUUGGACCUUCAAAAUCAAGAACAUCACCACAUUUUGAUUCAAAAUUCCCAUCCUUACUACUCUGCUUUGGUUCCUUCCGACCCACAAAUUCUUCCAAUCGACGAAAACGAACUCCGUUCCCUUAGAAACUGGGUCUCUCCUCCCUACUACGCCGCCACUCCCCAUAAUACUCUGGAGCAGCAUAUUACCGGCAGUGGCGGUGGUUCUGCCUCCAUUGCCGGAAUGAGCUCCGGGGAACUCCAGUCAUUGAGCUUAUCCAUGAGUCCAGGUUCUCAAUCAACCUCGUUCUCUGCUCCCGGUCAGAUAUCUUCCACCGCCGCCGUGGAAACAAAGAAACGAGGCCCUGGGAAACUCUGCCACAAACAACCCGUUCACCGCAAAUCCAUUGAUACUUUUGGCCAACGAACCUCCCAA